CUACGUUGUCGUAGGCUACAGCGCGCUCUCUAUUCUCUCCGAAUAGUAAGGAGGAGAGGCUGUAUUCGGGAGAAGGGCCGGGCCGCCAUUAUUGGGAAGCUGAAAAAAAUACACUUACACACAGUCAUACAUUUGGACACUCUGUGAAGCGAUACUCAUAGGAAACACAACAUUUAGGGUUGCAUUUAUUAAAUGAGCACUGCGCAUCACCUAACACGGCAUAUGCUGUGUACGCGUAUGGGCAGACCUGUAUAUUGGACACAACAAAGGAAAUAACAAUUGGUCAAAACAACGUGGUGAACCAAGAGGAAAACACAACGAAUCAAGCCUUUCUAACGCCCCCUCGUUCCUAACGCGAACAUUCAGCGGACAAGAAACUGAACUUCUACUGCAUUUUCCGAGAUAAUUUAGGUGUUUUUGUGUCCAAAGGCAAGAGGCGGAACUCAACAUGCAGAUGGUACCGAAAACUUACUAGGCUACUUGUGAAAAUGGAGACUUGAUUCAAAGGGGGAAAAAUAUACCAAGUGUCCAAAAGGGAAAUAUUGAUAUUUAUGUGACUGUUAGAGGAGUAGAAUUUCCUCUCUUUAUUAAUUAAAUUCUCGAGACGUCGGGAGUGCUGUUUUUGCGAGUUGCGACGGAGGACAUUGGAGAGAAAGGAGUGAACGAGAGAAGAGGGAGGAAUGCUAUGAGUCAGACCCAAGACCAGUAAGAAUAUUUGUAUGGAAAGACCGCCCUGCAGCCUCCUCCCUAGAGCUUGUGGGCAUGGCAGGAUGAGUGUCUGCGUUCGAUGAUGAUGGCAAAAAAGCAAGAUGCAAAGGCACCCACCUACAACCUGGUCGUGGUGGGCCUGUCUGGCACAGAGAAAGAGAAGGGGCAGUGUGGCGUGGGCAAAUCCUGCCUGUGCAACCGCUUCGUGCGUCCCAGCGCAGACGACUUUUACCUAGACCACACCUCCGUGCUAAGCACCAGCGACUUCGGAGGACGCGUGGUGAACAAUGACCACUUCCUGUUCUGGGGGGAAACGGGGCGGGUGCUGGAGGAGGGGCCAGAGUGCAGGAUGCAUGUGGUGGAACAGACAGAGUUUAUUGAUGACCAGACGUUCCAGCCGCACCGUUCCACAGCCCUCCAGCCCUACAUCAAGAGGGCAGCCUCCAACAAGCUGGCCUCUGCAGAGAAGCUAAUGUACUUCUGCACGGACCAGCUUGGGCUGGAGCAGGACUUUGAGCAGAAGCAGAUGCCCGAGGGGAAGCUAAUGGUGGAUGGCUUCCUCCUCUGUGUGGACGUCAGCAGGGGCAUGAACCGCAACUUUGAUGAACAGAUGAAGUUCAUCACUAAUCUCUACAACCAGCUAGCCAAGAACAAGAAGCCAGUGGUUCUGGUGCUCACCAAGUGUGACGAGGGGGUGGAGCGCUACAUCAAGGACUCGCACACAUUUGCCCUGGCCAAGAAGAACCUCCAGGUGGUGGAGACGUCAGCACGCUCCAACGUCAACGUAGACCUGGCCUUCCUCACCCUGGUGCAGCUGAUAGACAAGGGCCGGGGCAAACCCAAGAUCAUCCCUUACUUUGAGGCCCUGAAGCAGCAGAGCCAGCAGAUCGCCUCGGCUAAAGACCACUAUGAAUGGCAGGUCAGCCGCAUCGUGAAGAACCACAAUGAGACAUGGCCCAACAUCAACCGGCGCAUGCAGACCUCCUCAGAGUACAAGGAGUACGUCUUCCUGGAGGGCACGGCCAAAGCCAAGAAGCUCUUCCAGCAGCACGUCCACAGGCUGAAACAGGAGCACAUUGAGCGAAGGCGGAAGGUCUAUCUCAGCACCCUGCCUCAGGCACUGAAUUCCCUAGUCCCUGAGCUGGACGAGAUCGACCACCUGAGCUGGUCCGGGGUCCAGAAGGUUCUGGAGACCAAGCGGGACUUUUCCCAUUGGUUCGUUGUGUUGGACGACACCCCCUGGGAGACCACGCCACAUAUAGACAACAUGGAUGACGAGAGGAUUCCCCAGGAUCUCCUGGAGACCCCUGUGGCCGAGACGAUUUACGAGAGCCACCUGGAGCACCUGAGAAACGAGCGCAAACGGGCGGAGAUGAAGUGGGAGUUCAAGGAAAAGCUCAAUGCCUCUCCCUUCAUCACAGCAGGCAAACCCUGGGAGGAGGCACGCAGCUUCAUUAUGAAUGAAGAUUUCUAUCAGUGGCUUGAGGAACAAGAGUACCUAGACAUCUACAACAGGCACCAGAAGGAGAUCAUCGACCGAGCCAAGGAGGACUUUCAGGAGCUGCUGCUGGAGUACUCAGAGCUCUUCUAUGAGCUGGAGGUAGAUGCCAAGCCCAGUAAGGAGAAGAUGGGGGCCAUCCAGGAGGUGUUGGGGGAGGAGCAAAGGUUCAAGGCCCUGCAGAAGUUGCAGGCAGAAAGGGACGCUCUGGUGCUCAAGCAUAUUCACUUUGUAUACCACCCCACCAAGGAGACCUGCCCAAAUAGCCCCCACUGUGUGGACUGUAAGAUCGAACAGGUUCUAGCCUCCAAGUUCCCCACUCGAUACUCCUUCUUCGAUAGCCAUAAACCGGGUGACGGGAACGCAGAUCGGAUAAACCUGGUCAUUCUGGGUAAAGAUGGCCUGGGUAGAGAACUGGCCAAUGAGAUCAGGGCUUUGUGCACCAAUGACGACCGGUAUGUGCUGGAUGGGAAAAUGUACGAGUUGUCCCUCCGGCCCAUAGAGGGCAACGUGCGUCUGCCGGUCAAUUCCUUCCACACGUCUACUUUCACCCCCCAUGGCGUCCUGUGUCUCUACAACUCUAAGGAGUCACUAUCCUACAUUGUGGAGAGCAUUGAAAAGCUUAGAGAGUCCACGCUAGGCCGAAGGGAAAACAGUCUAUUUCAGCUGCCCAUGACCCUUCUCCUAGUCACCAAACGGGGAGUAGGGUCCGUCAGGGACAUUGGGGGGGAGACGGCCCACACACUUAUCCUCCAGGGGCAGCAGGUGGCUGGGAAGCUACAGUGUGGUUACCUAGACCCUGCCUCCCCUGGGGUGGGCUAUGGACGCAAUGUGAAUGAAAAGCAGAUCAACCAGGUGUUAAAAGGUCUUUUAGAAUGCCGUAGGCCCCCUGGGAGCGUAGGCAGCAGCUCCCCUCCUUUACCCCCUUCAUUCAGAGACUCUCACUCCCAGCCCAUCCCCGAGACAGACCUGAGGAUAGUCAUGUGCCUGAUGUGUGGGGACGAUUAUGAUGUGGAGCAGCUCCUCUCGCCUCUCCUGCUGCCUCAGCACUGUCGGCCGGCCUCCAGCCUGAGCAGUGGCACGUCCGUGCUCCUAGAACUCACGGUGGGGGCCCAGAGGCACACCAUCGACCUCUCCCUGCUCUCCUUCCACUCGUCAUUUGCCCUACGGAAGAGCCGGCUGGUGCACGGCUACAUUGCUGUGUAUUCGGCCAGGCGCAAGGCGUCCAUGGAGACCCUGUGUGCGUUCCUGUGCGAGGUGCAGGACAUUAUCCCCGUGCAGCUGCUGGCGGUGGGGGAGAGCCAGGCUGAGCUUUCGGACUCUGAGGCGGCCAGGGAGCAGGUGAGCCAGGGGGAGGAGCUGGCCCGGGAGAUCGAGGCCAGGUUUAACACAGUAGUGUGUGGGCCUGGAGGGGUGGUGGGAGGCCUGCACAGGAUAGACCUCUUCCAGCCCUUCCUGAAGGAGGUUGUGGAGAAACGCACCAUAGUGGAGGCCACACACAUGUACGAUAAUGUAGCAGAGGCCUGCACCAGUGAGGGCAUGAGCCCGGCCCGCUGUAAUUCCCCCAGCCCCAUCAACACACUGCUAGACUCUGAGGAGGAUGUGGAGCCCUCGCCCCCCUACCCUGAUGGUACCCUCACCUCCCACCUGGGGGGCUUCAAGCUCCCUGACCUGGAGUCCAGCGAUGCCUUCUCAGUCAUUUCCGAGAUCAGCACCUUCGAGAGCAAGCUCAACAACAAGGUUCCCCCCCAGGUGCGGCCCAAGCCCACCGUACGGAAAGUCAACCUGGGGCUCUACAUGGACCAGCAAGGGACCAACCGCCGCUCCUUACCCCCUGCUGUCACCUGGGCACCGGGCAGCGACGGAGGCUACGACCCCUCGGACUACGCAGAGCCCAUGGAUGCCGUGACGAAACAGCGGCCCACGGAGGAAGAGAGCAUCUACUCGGUGCCCCACGACAGCACACAGGGCAAGAUCAUCACCAUCCGCAAUGCCAACAAGCAUUCUAACGGCGGGGGCAAUGGCUCGGAUAGUGAGGCUGACAGCAGCUCCCUGGAGCGGAGGCGGAAGAUGUCUGCUCUGGGGGUGAAGCCACGGCUGUACCGCGACCGCUCUAAACGCCUGGGCAAGUUCAGCAGCUUCCGCACUAGCUUCUCUAUCGGCAGUGAUGAUGAGCUGGGGCCACCCAAGGCAGCAGAGGAGCUGGGCGGGGCGCACAAGGGGGACAACUCUAUUAAUGAGGAGGGCGAGGACCCCAAGAGGAGGAACAUCCUCAGGAGCCUGCGCAGAAACACCAAGAAACCGCGGCCCAAGCCCAGGCAUUCCAUAUCCAAGGUAGAAAGCAACUACUUUGGCGUGCCAUUGGCCAACGUGGUGACACCUGACCGACCCAUCCCGCUCUUCAUCGACAAGUGCAUCCGAUAUAUUGAGGCAACAGGUAUCACUACUGAAGGGAUCUACAGGGUGAGUGGGAACAAGUCAGAGAUGGAGAGCAUGCAGAGGCAGUUUGACCAGGACCAUAACCUGGACCUGGUGGAGAAGGACUUCACUAUCAACACAGUGGCCGGGGCCAUGAAGGCCUUCUUCUCUGAGCUGCCUGAACCCCUGGUGCCCUACAGCCAUCAGAUCGAACUGGUGGAGGCAUUCAAGAUCAAUGAUAGGGAUCAGCGGGUUCACGCCAUGAAGGACAUCCUGCGCCGCUUCCCCAGGGAAAACUACGACGUCUUCAAAUACGUCAUCAACCACUUGAACAAGGUGAGCCAGAAUAACCGUUUGAACCUGAUGACCAGUGAGAAUCUGUCCAUCUGUUUCUGGCCUACUCUGAUGCGGCCCGACUUCACCACUAUGGAUGCCCUGACGGCCACGCGGACCUACCAGACAAUCAUCGAGUCCUUCAUCCACCAGUGUGCUUUCUUCUUCUACAAUCAGCCCCUGUCUGACACCCUUAGCGGGCACGCCUCCCCCACUGCCACCCUCUCCUCCCACGGGGGAACCUCGGCCUACUCCUCCUUGGCCUACAACUCUCCUUCCCUCACACCCGCUCCGGCCCCUUACGUUAUGCCCACCACGCCGCCCGUCAUCCCCCACUACGGGCCGCCCCAUACCCAGAUCCAGCAGUCCCCGCCCCACACCCCCCAGUCCCCCAUCCAGGCCCUGCUGCCUCCCCUGCACCCCCAUCACCCCCCCACGGAACAACACAUGCUGUGAACCAGGGAUGGAAGGAAAGAGAGAGAUUAGAGAUAGAGAUGGAAGGAGUUUGAGAUUCAGAGCUAGGUAUGAGGGAGCGGUGAGAGAGAAGUGUAAGUGGUGAGAAAUAUGGAGAGAAAGAGAAGGGAAUGAGUUUGAGAGACCGGCAAAGCAAAAGAGAUGAGCGGGUGAGUGAGAUGCAGUACAUAUAGGGAAAAACUGUUGGGAGAGGGGGUUAUCCAACCCCCAUUGCGUUUAAGGAUAUACACACACACACUACGCAGGGUAGUGAGCCACUAGUAGAACAUGUAGUCUCUUGACUCUUCUCUCUCUACCACUUCUUCUGCCCCCUUCUCCACUGCCUUAGUGAGUACCUCCCCCUCCAACACACACACACACACUCUGCUGCCCUCCCACUGGAGCCUCACCCAGACACCCCUGUGUCGCCAGCCCAUGUCAUUUGGGCUCAGUGAGGGAGUAACACCCAGGAAACACCAUGUGUCAUGUCCCUCCCCAACCAUAAGAGACCUCAGAACUGCUGACCGUAGCCAGGCAAGGUAUCUGUGGGAGGGAACAUGAACUGUAUGGACCUUCUAGCUGGACUCUAAAACCACUCACCAGCGCCCCACCUGCCUUGCCCAGCCACCCCUCACCGCGAUCGGGCUGUGGAUUGCCAGCGACUGCCCUAUCCCCCCAGGUUAAUCCAGGUGAAGGGAGGACCAGUAGCUUCUCUGUGUUUAUUUGACCAUUGUUACCAGGAAAUGGACUAGAGGCAGGCUUCACCUCUUCCCCCAUGGACUAGCUUCCACUUCAAAAUACUUCCUAAACCCCCACCCCUCCGCUUCAGGGUCUGCUACAACCAGAGCUAACGCUAAGAACAAAAGUCUCAACUAACUGGAUCUGCAGGGAGGCUGGAGCACAGAACUUUGGGUGCUCUCACAUCCUCUGCAUCUUGGGAGAGCUCCUCUAUUCUUCUCUCUCUUCUCUGACCCCAUGCCCCGGAGCCUCCAGGCAAUGCUGGAAGACUUCUGUUUUUCUUUUGAUUAAAGAGGAUGUCUUUACCCCCUGUUUCUUCCUGAUGUUUAAUGUUGUUCCACCUUUUUUCUCUCUUUCCACCCUAUGCUUCCAUUUUGCUUUUGAAACUGUGGAUCAGUUUUGGAGAGUGUUCCGUUGAUGACUGACCAAUCAGAAUGCACUCUCACACAGCAAGUCCCUCCUGUCAGAUGUCCAUGCUUACUUCUUAUUGGCCCUUGUGCUCUCUGUGAAGGGAGGGAAUAACUGGCAGGGAGAAUUAGGAGGGAUAGGGAUUGGGAAGGGGUGGGAUUCAGGGAUGCACUUUACAGCAUUUAGGCUCUUCGACACGGAAUGCCGAGAGGAACAGCCAUAACGAUUCCCUUAAGGAUCCCAGGAGGCAUUGGGAAGUGGUGGCAGGGAAUUCACUCUUCCUCCUGUUACCCAUGAGGGGUUUGGAAGCCUGGAGAGACAUGGGAGCAUGACCUUUGUGUGUGUGUGUAUGUGUGUGUGUGUGUGUGUGUGUAUGUGUGUGUGUGUGUGUGUGUGUGUGUGUGUGUGUGUGUGUGUGUGUGUGUGUGCACAUGCUUCUAAUAUGGUAGAGAGCGGGAGAAUCAUUAGUGUAGAGCUCUCUGAAGUUUAUUGAGAUUGAGAGACUGCAGAGCACUUUUGGGAGCCUCUUUAGUGAGAAGUGCGACAUAACAGUUUCUCACCACAUCUAAUGCGUUGUGAAGUCAUGUAGCCAUCUCUCUGAGAACACACCAUUGCCAUCUGGUGGACAACAUAGUUACUGCAGCUAUGACCUCACCCACCACUGCAUGGGCGUAACACUAUUCUCUCCACCCCCACCUUGGGUGUAACAGAUCUUUCUACAUGCGUAAUCCCCCAUAUUUAUCUAUUGAAUGUCAAGUCAAAUGCCCAAUAGGAAUUAUUUGUAUAUAACGUAGAUGGAGAGUCUAUACUAUGAAAGCCAUAUGAACUGCAUUGAGAUUAGCCUAUGGAUGAUGAUCAUAUCUGUUGUGUUGCUAGGCUGCCAGCACUUUGCUAGAGAUAUAUACUCUCCAGAGUUAGUGUUGAAGGAGUGUAUGACAACAUAGAUUUUCAUGUCAGCUGUCCAUGAUGCAGACAGUCCAGUGACUAGUCUAGUGUCCAGUUGUGCUCUGCUAGUUGGCAGUACGUAGUGAUGUGUAGUCAUGUGUUUUUGUACUGAGGCUGGCUCAGGAUAGCUGUUCAGAUCCAUUCAGCUGAGUAUGACCAGGAUGGACACAAAGGAAAGGAGAUGAGGAAGCUAGUUUAGAGUAUUGAAACGCAGCCAGUGGUGUUGAUAGUCCCUCAGUGCCAUCAUAUGUUUAUUGAUGUCCCACUUCCUGGUUGGCACCACUUGGUACCCCUGCCCUCUUUUGACACGGCACCGUUCCCUGGUCCAGAGAGACGCUCCAGGAUGGAGCAGAACAGACAGUCUAUUCAUCUGUGUUGAUGACUGCGGAAUUCCAUGGUUCUGUCUGUGGUUGUCAUAGAAACCUGUUUGAUCGCACACAUUAGAAAGAGUGAAACCAAGGUCAUGUAAUUUGUUUCAUUUUGACCCUCAGCUUUACACACUCAUGCCUGUCUCCACGUCUCUCCAGUUCCCAUUGUCUUGACUGACAGGCCUCCCUGCAAAUCACCAGAGUUAUACCCUGACGCCAACCCAAUGAUCUCCUAUAAGUAUACACCACCUAUAUGACAUGUUUGUUUGUCUGUGUUAGGGACUGAUGUCAUUUGAGCUGUCAACAGUAGCCAGACAUCAGUGUAACUCAACCCUAAAGAAAGACCAUGUCACUUACAGUGGAGAAUGCAUGUAUCCUCACGGUCAUUGCCCCACUUGAUGUAAGCUGGACCUGACCACAGUUGUCCUCUUAGUUAGCUAUAGGUUUACUUUUCACAGAUGGUGAGUGAGUGAGUGAGUGAGUGAGUGAGUGAGUGAGUGAGUGAGUGAGUGAGUGAGUGAGUGAGUGAGUGA